GCGGGCCCCGACUCGAUACCCGGAGCUCCGACGGGCAGCCCCGAGAAGAGGAGGCGAAGGGUCCGCGUAUGGUGCGAUGGAUGGGUGGUAGGUGACUUGGAGCCUAGCUCAGCUGGCUUUGGGCGACGACAACCUAGACUGUUGGCCAGUCAAUUGCGGGGCACAUUUAGACAAACAAGCAUCCACACUGACAUUCACACCGAUGGAGAAUUUCUUCAAUGAGCCUGGGAUGGGUUCCAGCUCACCUGCAACUCUGUGGAUCUCGUCACACUCGUCCUGACUUUUCCUGCGCUGUGGUGCAGCAACAAAAAGGAUGGUUUUCAUGUUCGGGCCCCGGAUUACGCCGCCUUUCUCCCCGUAGAAUUCGGGUUAUGCGCACGCGGCUUUGGACUGUGUGCUCGCCUCCCCCAGGAAUGUUUCCGAAUGUUUGGGAUGCCAUAACUGUUACAACCGGCGGACUGAGAGCGCUAAAGAGUGCCAACGUCAACACGAGCUCUCGGCCCACGCGCAGUCGGCGAGCCACGUUGCGGGAAUCUCCGGUGCAGUCGGGAGCGUUCCGAGGAGAGCGCAGCACAAUCGUGUGUCAUGUGUUGUCGGCGUUGCGGACGCUGGACCCUCGACUCGCUCCGCUCUCAUUGGUCGGCUGUGUCACCGAAGCAUCGGCAAGGACGACUAAAUUCCGCCUCCACGUUGUCAUCUGCAGAGGCGGACAGAAAGUCAUGAAUUGCUUGCUAUUGCGCUAAUUAAAUCUACUGUUUCCAAUCCAUGUUGAUAUAGUGGAUAUAAACGUCGACACACCCCUGUUCAAAUACUAGGUAGAAAAAAAAAAAAAAAAACCGAGAUAGAUCAUUUCAAAACUUUUUCCACCAGCAGCGUUUCCUAUCCAGUUUGAUAUACACGAGUGGAUAUAAAAAGUCUACACACUCCUGUUCAAACGGCAGGUUUAAAAAAAACAACAACGAAGGUGAAUCAUUUCAUACCUUUUCCCACCGACAAUGUGACAUAAACUACAAAACUCAAUUGGAAAAAUAAAAAAAUUAAAGAGGGGAAUGAAAAGUAAAGUUCUGAUGUUCUCGUCGGCUUUUCCUGACAUCUUUAUAGUCACAUCUCACAGCACAAGCCUUGGUCCGCACGCAGUGAGGUUCCACAAGCAUCAGAGGGAUUUCAUUGUUCGACGGUAUCGGUCAGGAGGAGGGUUGUUUGUUUAUUUGUUUACUUUAUUUAUUUGUUGUUAAGCAGAGGCACUUUAAAUGGUGGCAGCCUGGCAGGUGUGUGUGCUGACUCCCAUUUGACAUGCUUGAAUGUGAUUGGUUCAUGCUAAACAUAGCCACGUCACUGGUUCCAGGUUAGAUUAAAUUAAAUUGAACAUAAACUGAUACGAAGGUAUCAAAGCACAAUCCACACGAGGAAAACCCACUUAUGUUUCUCUUCUGUUGUCUUUCAGCUACGACAUGGUCCACUACGGCCACUCCAACCAGCUGCGGCAGGCCAAGGCCAUGGGCGACUACCUCAUUGUGGGCGUGCACACGGACAGCGAGAUCUCAAAGCACAAGGGCCCGCCGGUUUUCACUCAGGAAGAGCGCUAUAAGAUGGUGCGGGCCAUCAAAUGGGUGGACGAGGUGGUGGAGGGCGCACCUUACGUCACCGCCCUGGAGACCCUCGACAAGUACAACUGCGACUUCUGCGUGCACGGCGACGACUUAACGCUGACGGUCGACGGCAAGGACACGUACGAGGAAGUGAAGAAGUCGGGACGCUACAGAGAAUGUAAGAGAACGCAGGGAGUUUCAACCACCGACCUGGUUGGUAGAAUGCUUCUCAUGACCAAAGCGCAUCACAGCAACAUAGACGCUUCAGACUACCAGCAGCACACGGACAACUUUGGAAAGGACUCCAAUGGUCAGAACAACCACAGUCCCUGGACGGGAGUGUCCCAGUUCCUGCAGACUUCCCAGAAGAUCAUCCAGUUCGCUUCGGGCCAGGAGCCGCAGCCCGGCGACACAAUUAUCUAUGUGGCCGGGGCCUUCGACCUCUUCCACAUUGGCCACGUGGACUUCCUGCGGGUGGCGCAUAAGAUGGCGGACAAGCCAUACAUCAUUGUGGGGCUGCACUUUGACCAAGAAGUGAACCGCUACAAAGGGAAAAACUACCCCAUCAUGAAUGUCCACGAGAGAACGCUCAGCGUCCUGGCUUGCCGGUACGUGUCGGAGGUGGUGAUUGGCGCGCCGUUUGCAGUCACCAAAGAUCUGCUGGAUCAUUUGAAGGUGGACCUCGUAUGCCACGGAAAGACACAAAUAUACCCGAAGAAGGACGGAUCCGACCCAUAUGCUGUGUCCAGGAAGCAAGGAAUCCUGCGCACCGUCGACAGCGAGAACAACCUCACCACAGACGCCAUCGUGCAGAGGAUAACCAAAAACAGGCUGCUUUUUCAAGACAGGAACCAGAAGAAAGAGGCGACGGAGAUCGCCAUAAUCCAGGCCAUGCAGCCACACCAAGUAGCGGACCAGUGAUGGAACGCCAGGCGGCGCCGGUGGACACUGAAUCAAGCCAAAGUCAUGAAUCCUCGCACAACAUGUCGGCCACGUUUCCAACCAGGAUGCCUGCUUUCGGUUGGUCGUGUCUGUAGCUCAUUCAUGGACAAGCAAAACAAAUAUGAUAACUUAUACUUACUUACCUGAAAAACCUGGAUUUUAUUUGGACUCGCACAGGGCAAGUGAGAAGCUUUAUCGUGGAUACAGGGGCCAAGUAACCAACCGCGCGGGAUGUGGGUGUUCCAACACUCACGCAUCCUGGUGGAAGGUUUUCAUUCCCACGCUUCACCGGGUGAAAGAUGUGAACGACUUCACUUUUCGUCAAAUCCACGAGGGGUGCGAAUGUUUCAACACCCACACUUUUCCCACUGUUUUUUUCACAACAAGAUAGGAGCACUUGCUUUGCCAUCAAAAAUAAACCCUUGAACCUCAUUGGAAUGGUCAGCAAGUGGGAAAUUUCCACUCCACCUUUUGCACAGGAUGCUCGGCCUCUGGGCGGAUGUGUGUGUGUUCUUUUCAGGGCGCUCGGAUCCUCCUGUGUACCGGACUGCGCUGACUUUUCACCACGUCGCAUCCUUCGAAAACCAGCACGAACUGCGACCCCCACUGUGGAGACUUUUGACUGUCUUUGGUUAAUAUUGCACGUUGAUAGCUCACGAGGACUCGGACAUUUCCUGCAACUGACUCGCCAGAUGCUCGCUGUUGUCAACCUCAGCAGUGCACAGUUUAACCCUCCUGUUAUGUUGCGGGUCAAAGUGACCCAUUUCAAGUUAAAACUACGGAAUAAAAUAGUGGUUUUCUUUUCUGUAUUAAAUGCAUUAAAUUGAGUAACUAAUGAAAGAUAAACAAUGUUUAUUGGGAUUUUUCUUUUUGUUUUGGACACAUUUGGUUAAUGAAACAUGCAUGGGUCAAAUUGGCCCAGGUGCAUUAUUGCUGUUCGUGAGAAACUAACAUAGCAGGAGAGUUCACCUCAACAUCAAUUGGGAGUGCACAUUAUAUUUUUGGUAGUAUAUUUGAACUCUUUAUCUUGCAAUGCUUCAUGUGUGUGUAUGUGCAGUGAGCAGCCACAGCAUAAUGGCCACUCAGACAAGCAAAAUGUGAUCAUAAUGAUAUUUAUUUGACAAUGUCUAUCACUGGGGAUGAAGUUUGCUGUUUUUUAUAUUUUGGUUAACUCAUUUAUGGUUACUUCACAGUCAUAGGAUAUAUUUUUCUAUAUAUUUAAUUAUAUUCAAAAGAAAAAAAUAGACUAGUUAUCAUAUACUUAAUUAAAAAAAAAAAAAUCAAAACAUAAUUUAAUACAAUACAAAAUAGUAAAACAGCUCUCAGUAUGAGCCGGUGCAAUUCUACACCGUUGUAAACUGCAAGCACAAUAUUAAGCAUACUGUUAAAUUACACUGCAGUAUUGUUUAGUUGAGUGUUCAUAAUGUUGUGGCCAGCCAUUGCAUGUAUGUAUACAGUAUAUAGAGUUAUUAUUUAUUUAAAUAUAGGUUCAUAUGUGCUUAAUAAUAAUAAAAUGCCUGUAUGUCGAUUUGGGACGUGUAGCCCACGAGGUGUUAUGCAAAUACUGUGCAAACUUGACCUCAAUAUAAGAUGUACU